AUGCCGCACAAGUUUUCAGUGAAUCAUCAACUACGUCUACGACUGAUCUGGUCAAGUGUGGUCCACGGUUCCCGUGGAGUUGUUCUGGCUGUUCCAUUGGAUUUAGCAAUAACUCCAAUGAGGGUAUUGCAAGAUUCCCUCAUUGGACCGGAUUGUGGAGCGAUGCUUGAAGAAGGAGAAGUGGAUGACAGAUCUCUUCUUGGAAGUACCUCGACAUGCUUCCAACUACAUUUUGGGAACCCACUUUGGUUUACUGACGAUGAGCUUUUAAAGCUGGAAGGCACAGCACUGUAUCAGGCAACCCAAUUACAGAAGAAGCCUUUGAUGUCUCUCUUCAAAGACAAAGUGAAGGGUCUGGUGAGGAAACUUCUUGUUCUUGAUAGGAAUGCCGAAAGGGGCGCCUCGUUUGAAGACUUCAUCUGGUCUGCUCUGAACUGCCCUUCACCACUCAAUUUAGCUUGA